CAUCUUAGUAAACGAAAGUCAAGCUCAUUUCACAACAAAUGGAUAGUUAAAUUUCACAGGAAGGUGCAGCGAUGCAGAUGUGGAAUAUUGGGAGGUCAAGGAGCGUGUGAUAAAGUGCCACGCAGCUACUAUCCGCAACAACGGGACUGUAACAGCAACGGGAUAUAAAGCUCUUAUCAUUUACACCAGAGAAGCUGCAGCAUCAAGAGCCAAAACCAGCCACACUAACUUAACACUAGUCGAGGAAACAGCUGAAUCAUGAGUGCUGCUCACAGUCAAACAACACUGAGGUCCAAACUAGAGGCCCUGGAGUGCCACUUUACCUGGGCUCUGGACACCACAAGGAUCUUUCUUUUACGUCGCCGCGACAUCCUGGUGGACAUCGGCACGGAGGAGGGAAACAGCUGGCUGGGUCACAUCUACAACCUGAGGGGGUUCAUUCAGUGCAAGCUGGGCUCCACCGAAGAAGCCCUGAGUUUGUUCCUCCAGGCUGCAGAGGCCUUCCGCCAGAUGAGACGGGCAGAUGAAGGUCCCUGGUUGGUGGUGAAUUACGGGAACCUGGCUUGGCUGCACGACCUCCUGGGAGACCAAGCAAAGAGCGAGGAUUACCUUUCAAAGGUUGACGCCCUGAAGAAGAAAUACCCAACUCCAUCAGAGGACGAGCUCCAUGCAGAGCUCUACGCUGAAAAAGCCUGGACCCUGAUGAAGUUCAGCGCAAAACGAGAGCUGGUGUCAGAUUACUUCCAGAAAGCCAUCAGGAUGCAGCCAGACAGGGUGGAGUGGAACACCAGUCACGUCAUCGGGUUAGCGAAUGCUUUUAAACGAGGCAGCAGAGAGAUGGAGGCUGACAUCUUGGAUGAAAUGAGAGACGCCAAGGUACAGGAUCCAGAGAACUUGUACCUCGCUGCUUACUACCUGCAGCUACGUGCAAUGAAAGGGCCAGACAUUAAAGACGAAGCACGUGACUUAGCUGAAAGGAUUUUAAGAAACCCUGUCAGCAGCUAUAGUGGUAUGAGUGCAAUACUUCAUGUCUACAGAAUCUGUGGAUUAAUUGAUGAGGCCAUUGUUUUGGCAGAAAAGGCUCUGGAAAACCAUCCAGAUGAACGCUAUCUGAAGAGAUGUGCUGCACUAACUCUCAAAUGGAAGAUCAUUUUUUUCAGUGAGAGUGGCGUAGAUGAGAGCAUGAUUGACAAAGCAGUCAGUCUCCACAAGGAGGUGAUUUCUCUUUACCCUGAUUUGGCCCUUGUGAAGGAAAUGGACCUCGCAAAUAUAUAUGCAAAGUCCAAUCACAGCAAGGCUAAAGCCAAACGUUUGUACCAACAACUGCUAAAAAGGGAGCUGGAACCUGCAGAGAAACAGGUGCUUUACAACCACUAUGCAAAAUAUCUCAUCUUUGAUCUAAAAGAUUAUAACCAAUCAAUAGAAUAUCACAUGAAGGCGGCAAAGAUACCGAUAAAAUCCUUCUAUCGUGAGAACAGCAUCAAAGUUCUUGAGAAGAUUAAAAACAAAGGCAGGAACCGAAAGUGUAGAGAAAUAGAGGAGUGUCUGCAAAACCUGCAAGAGCCAUAGUGGGUUGUUUUUACAACCCUGGUUCUAAAUCUGGACAAAAUAUGUAGAAUGCAUUACCUAAAAAAUACUUUUAUUUGUGUCUUUUAAAACUUUUUUCUGCUGGUGUUUACAUUUAGGUAAUUUGUUGGAAGUAGUACAAUGUAUAUGACGAGCUCUAUAAUACAACUGUGUCCUUCAAUAACAUCCACUUUGUCUAAAUAUUAUUGCCAUCACAUGGUUUAUUACAAUAAAUAUUGUCUAACAUAUUCCCCUAAUAUUGGUUUUCUCCUCUUAGCUGUGUAUUUUAAGUUCAUGUAAGAAUAUUACUAAUACUUCUAAUAGAAGUAUAUGAUAGUAUAUGAACAUAGAAACAUACAACUAAUAAUGUAACAAUUUAUUUGAUGUAGCCAGUUACCUGCAGCCAGAUGCAGCUGAUUGGAUGCAUAAAAAAUGUAAAGCUGUAACACAAAUGCCAACUAGCAUUAUUAAAUAUACAAUAUUUACACUAAGAAAUCGUCAAGAUGUUUUAUUUAGCUGGUUACCAGACAAGAUUUCCUGUGCGCUACACAUUUUUGCAGCACUGAUGGAUGUUAGAUGAACAAACGCAAUUGAAAUAUUCUGCCAAAGGAAAUGUUUGGUUUUCAAUGAAACAAGGCCCAUCAGCGUGAAGUACCAACCAGUGGCCAGCUGAUGAGGGAAGGGGGCAGCAGAGCGUCGUAAUGGAGCAUGUCUCCAGGUAAUCGCUGUUUCGGUGUUACACCCCUACUGGUUUUUACACCUACUGGUUUUUACACCUACUAAGAACUGCUCUCUCACUUGACUGCAUGUAUCAGCUGUUUCAUCUCGAGCCGGGUCCCAAAGGCGGAGGGUCUAAGAAGGAGUUAGCCAAUCACUGAUAAAGUGAAUGAGUAUUUCAGUGUACAACGAAAUACAUUGAUGUACUAUGGGUACAUUUUCUCCUUACAACUGGGCCCAGAUCAGCCAGACCGGUGUGAAGGGAAAGCCGCACAUCUAAGUAAAGAUGUACUUAUUAUGCUAUUACAUUUAACUGAUAAGAAAUAUCAUUUUUGCUGAUUAAUAUUGUCAAAUGUAAAUCACUAUAUGCAUAUGUGAAUACAAUUUUAGUAGAAUAACCAAAUCUGAUUUAAGACCGUUUCUAUGUGAAACAGUGCUCGUUUUUACAGUUUGUUAGGGGGUGGGGAGAGUGGGUAAGAGCUCACCUCGCUGUCAGCUGUCGCAAGAGCUUCUCGGUGAGCCCGAUAUUUGUCUUCAUACGUUAAUACUGUUCUUUAUCUUCCACUGAAUCGAUCUAAAGAGGCAAAGAAAUCGACAACGAUAUUGAGCUCUUGGUUCUGGAUUUGUAGACAUUUUCUUUUUUGUGUACUUUUGAUCAUCGCUAUCAAUGCUGAAUCAUUUUUUUUUCAUAAAUGAUGUUCUGAUCUGAAAUAUUAAUGUGUGAAUAAAGUGAAUCUGUACAUGAAACCACUGAUCAAGAGGAAUAUGAAAGCUUUUACUGAUGGAUGUAAGAAUGAACUGAAGGUUUACAUGAUGAAUAAACAAACAUGAACAAAG